CACUAAGCAACCAAACUUAUUUGACACAAACACACAAAGCUUAUUAUUCAUUCUCACUCACUCAUCACUACCAAAUAUCUCUCUGUUUUUGUGAUCUUGAGAACUUUAUAGCAUAGCCAUGGCGGAGUACGAGAACAAGAAGAUCGAGGAGGGAGUUCAAGAGAGUGGCGUCGAGGCUAAGGAUCGCGGGCUGUUUGAUUUCUUGGGGAAGAAGAAGGACGAAGAGCAGAAGCCCCAUGUUGCAGCUCCUCAUGAGGAGGUUGUCGUCGUUACUGAACAGUUCGAGAAAGUUGAAGUUUCUGAACCUCCACCACCGAUCCACAAGGUUGAAGAAGAAGAAGAGAAGAAGCCUAGUCUCUUGGAGAAGCUCACCCGAUCCGAUAGCAGCUCUAGCUCUUCGAGCGAUGAGGAGGAAGGAGAAGAUGGGAAGAAGAAGAAGAAGAAGAAGGGAUUGAAGGAGAAGUUGAAGGAGAAACUAGGAGGAGGAGAAGAGGAAAAGAAGGAAGAAGCUAAGGAACACGAACACGAACACGAAGCAGUAGCCAUCCCAGUUGAGAAGGUGGACGACGCAGCACACCCUGAGGAAAAGAAAGGCCUCCUAGACAAGAUCAAGGAGAAGCUUCCAGGCCACAGCAAGAAGCCGGAGGAAGCUCCGGUUCCGGAAGCAGCCCCGGAGGCAGCUCCUCAUCAUCAUGAAGAAGAUCAAGGAAAAGAAAAGAAGGGAUUUUUAGAGAAGAUCAAGGAGAAACUCCCAGGUUAUCACGCUAAGGAGGAAGAGAAGCAUAAGGAGGAGGCAGCUUCUCAUUGAAGAUACUGAUAAUGGUUUAGAUCAUAAUCAUCAUCAUUAUGGCGUGGAUUUCUUAAUGCUCUUUUAAUUAUGUGUUUUUAUGUAAGAAUUAUAUAUGUGCUUUUUUGAUGUGCAUAUAUAUAUAUAUGGGAUUUGCUUUAAGGUGGGGAAGGGAUGUGUUUCUUUUUCGUUGUCUUUUCAUUAUAUAGUGUUCAUUUUGUAUUUAGUUCUUGUGUGUUUCAUAAAGUUGAAAAAGUUUUUAAAAUAGUAUUAUAAUCGAGUUUUUUUUCCUUU